UUAAAGGCAACAUUCAGUACUGCAGCCGCCGACGGGGAUGCUGUCUGACUGGAAAGACGGAUGGUCAGGGCCGUCCACGUCUAACCUGAACAUGCAAGUGUAACUUGAUUCAUGCCAGUUUAUAGUGCUAAACCAGGUUACACGUUUAUUUAGCCUGAGCUAGUCAAUUAACGUUUCCUUUAAUCAUGGAGGACGACUGUGUUUGUGAGUACGACUCGACCUGGGACACCGAGAGUGAUGGAGACGACCCGGCCGGAGAGAGCCAAACCCGUCGGUCAUGUCAAGACAAAAACAAAUCAGGCUGGUCUCUAACUUGGCACCAUGCGCCCCGAAACAUGAGGGCAGCAAAGGACAUGCAGAACUACAGAAGAGGAUAUCCAAAUCUUACAGAUGACGAAUGCUCAGAAGACAAAAUGAAUAAUUUGCAGUUUUAUCUCAAUAAAUUUCCGUCUGCACCUGAUGAUGUUUACAUUGAAUCAUUUCUCAAAGAAUGGAAAAAUGACUACAAAAGAUUGGAGAGAGUUCACUCAUACAUUCAGUGGCUGUUUCCUCUGCGAGAGCCAGGGGUUAAUUACAUGGCUUCAGAACUCACCAAGAAGGAAAUUGAGGCCUUCAAGAAGAAUGAAGAUGCCAAAAAGAGACUAGUCGAGUCCUAUGAACUCAUGUUGGGCUUCUAUGGAAUGCAUUUGGUCAGCAAAGAGACAGGAGAAGUGAAACGAGCAGAUAAUUGGAAGGAGCGAUUUGGAAACCUGGAGCGGAAUAUGCACAACAACUUGCGCAUCACUCGCAUCCUAAAGAGCCUCGGAGAGCUGGGCUUUGAGCACUACCAGGCCCCACUUGUGCGCUUCUUUCUGGAAGAGACUCUAGUCAAGAAGACCCUUAGCAGUGUUAAACGCAGCGUUCUUGACUACUUCCUGUUUGCUGUCCUGGACAAGAAGGAACGUCAGGAGCUUGUGCGCUUUGCUUACCUUCACUUUGAGCCAAAGGAUAAGUUUGUGUGGUGUCCCAGGAAGAUUCAGAAACAACUCAGGAAGGCAGAGAAAAGACCCGAUUCUGUUGGGAAUGGAGAUGGAAAAGAUGAGUCAAAUUCACGGAGUAAAAGCAAAGAUGGAGAAGCAGUUGUGCCACAGAAAGAUGGACUGGAUAAUGUUGCAAAGGCUCAGAAAGGAACGGAUAAAACGGCAGGUAAAGACAAAAGCAAACUCUCUGAGUUAUCCCCCGGGCCAAAACCAGAAGCAGAGACGGUAGGAAAUGGAAACGCAGAGGCUGAGUCUAAUAACACAGUUUUGGGGAAUGGAAAUAACUCUACAGAUGGUGUUGAUGAAAUGGAUCAGUCGCCCAGUCCUGACUUUGUGACGGCAAAAGCUGCGCCCCAUGCCGACAGUGAGAACCCAUUUACCAACGACUCGAAGGACACCAUCGAGGAACAAGAAAUGCAAACAGAUGAGGAUCCAGACACUGAAAAACCAACGAAGAAGAAAAGAGAAGAUACAGUGCUGCCAAGCAACGGCUCUGCCGGGGACUCGGCCAGUGGGCAGAUGGAGGAGAAAUCUGGUGCUAAUAAAGCCACUGGUCAAACAAACCCAGCAGCGCAACCCGCUAAAACUUCAAAACAUUCACCCUGUUCUUCUUCUGAAAGAGAGGAAAAAAUCCCAAGGACUGAUUUUAAUCAAGUGCCAGACGAAGAGGAAGAAACAUCGCGCUCAAAUGUAUCAGCAACAAACGGGUCAGGGGCGAGCACCGACAAACUUGUGGACAAACGGACAAAUGGGAAGGAGUCGGAGGAUAUUGACAUGGAAUCAAACCCCGCAAGCUCAGACCAAAAUGUGGGGAGUUCAUGAAUAAACUGGAUGAUGGGAGAAAAUACAUUAACUUGAGCUUAAAUGAAAUGUAAUAUAGGGACAGAGUAUGACCUAACACGACUUCCUGGGCCUUAUUUCUACCUUAUUUGAUGUUUAGAUAUUGUUUCUUUGAAAAGGAGUGUAUGAUUUCAUUGCUAAUUGUGGGACUGGAUGUGACUCAGUUGCCACACAGCCAUAGGAAAAUAUUAAAGGAAAAGGCCGGUGAUAUGUAUAUUUGUUAUUGUCAACAAGUCCCAAGAAAACGUCAGUACCAACAACACACCUCAGACAGUUAACAUUAGCUUGCUAGUUGUAGUGCUCUUGCCAUGCUAGUGGUAACCAUCCAUCCAUCCAUCCAUCCAUCCAUCCAUCCAUCCAUCCAUCGAGAGUCAAAACCAACUUAGUUCAAUACUUUGACUUCCCUUCCCUGUCUGUGACUCCUAGCUCCAAGCACAUUGGUUCUUUUUGAAGUCAUGACUCUUUAAAUAUCAAUUUUUUUGUAAAAGCUAAGUAAUUUCACAGCAGGUGACUAGUUAUUAAAUGGUACUCAAACCGGAGUAAAUUGGCCUUUUGUUGGACUAUUUUCAGCUGGGGUUUUGGGAGUAUUUCCAGCAGCUGGAUGGCGCUUUUGAGAUUGACUGAAAAAUGAACUCCAGUGUUGGUGUUUAUUGUAACGAAGGAACAUGUCACCCGGUGCAUCACUGUGGCUCAUUCAUGGGUUUUAAUAUAUGAGGCUUUGAAUACACACACCAUUCUUGUCAGUGGGAUGGAUUCAUGGUUUGUUUUGGUUUUUUGUGGGAUUUGUCAACAAUAAGAAAAAUAUAGAAAUUACCAGAAUUAUCCUGGCUGAUAUUUAAAAUCUCUAUAGAAUACAUAAAGCACUAUUAUUAAAGUAUUUAAAUUAAAUGAUGGUUUCAGCAUUUGUGACACCUUAAUACUUUCACAAUUGAAAAGUUGUUUUGCACUGAAUAAUUAUUGAUUGGAAUAGCUUUUUUUUCCCUCUUUGGGAUGUUUUUGUGUGAGUAAAAAUAAUCUGUACUGGUUAAUGUUUCUGCUGGACCCCGCUGUGAAUAGAUUUAAGACUGAAUGUCACUUAAGUUAUAUUUCUGUUGUAAAGUCUGUAUGGUUUUAUGCAGAUUUGGGGAAACAGACCUUUUGAACAACUGAAAGCCUUGCCAAAAAUGUGAUAAGACUGGUUGAUUGUACAAUGUGUAUGUCUUCUCUGCAGAACUGAUAAAGCUUUGGCUGUAAUUUAAAAAGACCACUGUAUGGUAAUUUGACAUGAUUGAAGUCCAUGAACAUUUACAAACCAGGGUUAGUGUAUUGAUGCAUCUUUUAUAUUGCACUUCAUUUUCACUUUUCAUUAUUGACGUUUUGAUAUUAUUUACAUAAUGAAAGGUAAUGACCUUACAAAAGUGCUGGAUUGUUUAUAUAUGACUCCCCCCUCCCUCCCCCCGACUAAGUCCCUGGCUCUUGACAAAGCAGAAUAAAGUUAUACUAUUUUUAAAGCUUUUAUGAAAUUAAUCUGUGUUAAGCCAAAAUUUGAGUCUUGUUAUAAUUUAUUAAAUUGCAUUUCUC